AUGGCGUCCCCGGUAGCAGAAGAGAAGCAGCAGGCAGGUGCGGUUGAAGAAAGCGCAAAACCGGCAUCGCCAGCUCCGAUUGCCUCACCCAAGCGCAAGCACAGCGAGGCGACGACGGAGAAUGGACUUGGCGAGAACGGGGCGGGCAAGAAGAAGCGGCGCAAGGUCAACCACGCGUGUGUGUACUGCAGACGAUCGCACAUGACUUGCGACCUGCAAAGACCAUGCGCACGGUGUGUGAAGCGGGAUAUUGGCCAUCUCUGCCACGAUGAACCYCGGGAUCCCCCGAAGAGGAGCAAGAGUGAUAUGGGCGUGCCAGAGAUUGCGCCUGCUCCGAGUGAAGGUGUGGACGCUGUAGCGAAUGGACAGGCAGAGUUGGGUGCUGGAAUUGGUAGAAUACCAUUCUCGCAUGCAGAAGAAAAUGUGGGAAUGGCAUCCACCAACGGGAAUGGAGCCAUAGCAAUGCCACUUCCUACUUCUCCCCCUCCAAUCCAGAGACCUAUACCAACUGGAAGUAACACCAAUAAUGCCAGUGGCUUGCUGCAAAACUAUGACUGGAACAACAGCAAUGUGCGAAAUCAGUUCCAGGACAUGCACCACCUACACCCGAACUACAUGUUUAACACGUCUGAGGUUACAAAUGAGUAUAACUUGCUCAACGACUUCCUUAGCAACUCGAUCAUCGAUGAUGGUGGAAUCUACACAAACAACGACGAUGUGCAGGCCUUGUUCAACGAUCCACUGUUGGCAACCUCUUCCAUGAACGCGCUCAAUGCAUCUCUUCAACAGCCACAACCCACGAACAAUGCUUCAUCCUCACGACCACCCGCUCAGACGCAAGCAGGGCUCGAGAUCUCCCGUCCAAGCUCGGCCUUCCCGGUCGACACUCGCGCGAGGGAUAAGUUCUACAUGACAGCCGCUGACCCUGCUGGCCUCUCCUCCGCCGAAGAUCGCCUACAUAAGUUGCUGAAGGCGAAAUACGACGCCGGAAUGCUAAAGCCGUUCAAUUAUGUCAAAGGAUACGCCCGUCUGAACCAGCACAUGUCGUCGAAUCUCAGCCGCGAAUCCUCUAUUCGGAUACUUAAACAACUCGAUCGUUUUCGACCGAAGUUCCGCGAGGCAAUGCACUCUUUGACCGAUAUGCAGCUUGUGCUGGUAGAAAUGUGGUUCGAGCGGAGCUUGAUGGAGUACGACCGAGUGUUUGCGAGUAUGGCGAUUCCCGCAUGUUGUUGGCGUAGAACGGGCGAGAUCUUCCGUGGGAACACCGAGAUGGCGGAGUUGAUUCGUGUACCGUUGGACAAGCUCAGGGAUGGCAAGCUGGCGAUACACGAGAUCAUUGCCGAAGACAGUCUGGUCAGUUAUUGGGAAAAGUUCGGCGCGAUUGCUUUUGAUCAAAGUCAGAAGGCUAUCUUGACGAGCUGUACAUUGAGGAGGCCGAUUGCUGGAGCGACAAAUGGUACGACGAAUGGUGGUGGGAGUGAGGUGCCGAUGGAGACGGUACGGUGUUGUUUCUCAUUCACCAUACGGAGAGACAGCCAUAACAUCCCGUCACUGAUCGUUGGCAACUUCUUGCCCAUAACACCGAGACGCGAGCCGUCAUGA